AAAGCCGUGAGUUUGCGAAAUGAGUUGUAGUUGAAAAAUUAAAAACAUUGCAAGGAUUGCAAGAAAAAACAACAAAAUAGGAUAAAGUAGUGAUAAUUCCCUUUUUUAAUCUCCCAGAAUGCUUUUCUAUAGUUUUAUCAGUCAAUUUUACAAUAUCAACACUUGAUUCGUUUUAAAAUACAUAUUUUUGUUAUAUAGUUCUGUUGGUUCUGUUUGUGUGUGUUUUCCUAACCUAAAAAGAAACGUCAACAUUAUAAAUAACACGCAAAUAUAUUAUUCAAAGUGGAUAAUAUGCCUGUAUUUGAAUACUAAAAGUGAAUUGUUUAACUUUUAGUGAAAAUAUAUAAAGACGUAUUUUUCUAUUUGAAAUUUGAUAUUUUUUUAUCGAAACAUUUCGUUGAGUGAGUUAUUAUUUUGCUGACGAGAAUGGCAUCGAAGGACAACAAUUCUCCUAAUAAUCUUCCUCCCUUACCUGAUGAUAAAUUGCCAGAAUGUUGGAAACAAGACGACAGGAUGAAUUCCCUGUUUGCUGACUUUAGAAAUCGUUCUGUGAAUCCUCAAGAUUGGAGUUCAAAAUACAAAUUCUGGCAUGAAGUAAUUUUGGAGCUACUGGAUUUUUCCAAAAGUUGUUGUUUUAGUGUUUCUGAUUUGAAUAUUGCUUUUAAAAGAAAUGGACGUGUUCCAGUGUGUUUACCUACUGUUAUUCAGGAGAUGUUCAGGACUGGAGAAAUUAUUUUGGAGCAGGAUUUCGUGAAGGAACCCUCGAGUACGUGGACAGGUUGGGCAGUCGAUGUGUUCGUUAAAAAACCCCUCGUUUGGUCAUUCUCGAAAGCAAAAAAUUACGUUUCCGAAGAAGUCAUAAAUGUUCAUACAAAAUAUAUUCAUUUGCCAACAGUGAAAGAUUUGGCCGAAAUUAUUCUCUCAACAAUUGACCACGCUGACAAUAAUCAAGAAAAUAAUUUAAUUCCACUGUCAGAAAUUGUUGAGAAUUGUAUGAGAAAAACAGAAAACAAACUCAUCACCGAGAAGAAUAUUCGAUUCGCUCUAAUUUGGCUGAGAAAUACAAGAAAAGCGGCACUCAAGGGAAAUUGCUUAGAUUUAAAAGCUGAUUUACUGGUGAAGAUAUCGGCGCACGGUGUGAAAAAUAUAUCUGAGGUCGAGGAAGGUGUUUAUAAAUUGAAAAAACAAGAGAGUAUGCUUAUAAAGAAUAUUGAAGUUUUGGAAUUGGAGAAACGUGCGUGUGUGGAGAAGGCGAAGAGUUACGUCUCCACGGAAUUUAGACACGCCGCGAAGAAUUGUUUGAGAAAAAAACAUGAAAUCGAGAAAUGCAUUGAAAAACGUGGUGCUUCAUUGAGAAAUGUACAGACGCUAUUGUCACGAAUUCACGAUGCACACUCGGAUGCAGAAGUACUGGAUGUUUAUAAAGUCGGUUGUAAUAUUCUCAAGAAAUUCGAGGAAACUGGUUUGACUGAGGAUAAUGUUCGCGAUACGAUGGAUAAUCUUUCUGAUGUUUUGGAAGAAAUGAAAGAUGUUCAGUCAGUUUUGGCAGAACCGUCUCUUCGUGAUAAUGAAUCCGACACAAGUCUUGAGAAAGAAUUGGAAGAUUUACUAAACUCCUCGUUUGGUGAUACGGAAAAAGAGAAGAGUUUCGAAGCAAAAGAUACAUCUAUCAAUGCUCCUGAUUUGAAAGACCUGCCUGAUUUAUCAAGUCUGAAUCUAUUAGAUUUGCCAGCCCCAAAAAAGCCAACUCAAUUAUUACCUACUGUGUAGAAAAUAAAGUACAGAAUAAUUACAAAAAAAGUGGUGUAUUGUAAGUAAAUUAAAUUAUUUUUUUUUCUAAAUUUAUUAACUACAGAAAAAACGGACUGUUUAUUCUUAAUACCAAUCGAACAUAUUAUUUAUAGAAUUUUUUUAACAGAAAAUAGUCAAAGUGUGUAUAUACAUUCUGUGAUUGUGUAUUAAAGUAAAUAAGAUAUGAAAAGAAUA